UGAUCAAUAUAUAAAUGUUAAAUAUUUGACUUCCAUGAUUCAUUCAUUCACAUUGAAAUUAGUCAUAACAUAUGUGUAUUUCUUUUCUAUAUUUCGAUGAAAGUGAUGCAUGCAUCUUAUUGACUAUUAUCCAUGACUCUUGAAUAUAUCAAUGCAUCUUUGAAAUAGGUUAAGGCUUGUUACUUUUGCUAGCUUUCGUAACAAAUGUGAUAUUGGUGGAUAUAACACCAGAGAAAGUAAAAUUCUUGAACUACUGAUUAGGAUCAUUUCAUCCUUUUCAAAUUCUUUUAAUUAGGAUUUCUGAUUGGUUAGUUUUACUCUAUCUUUUUAACUUGAUUUGAUCCUGCAUAAAAGAAACCUUAUAUGUGAAAAAGUUUGAUUUUGAUUAAGAUAUCUUCAUUAUUUGUAGUCUUUAGAAAGGUAGUUUGGUAUUAAGAUAUCUACGAGGAAUCUCUCAAGGGUGACUCUACUUUUCCCUUUCACCAUAGGUCGAAAGAAAGAUUCCACCACGUCUAGACCUGUAAUUGAUCCCACACAAUGGUUCAUAAUAGAACAUUUAAUAACUGAAAGGAGGACCCAAGAUCAGAAAACAUAAUCUUAAACCUAUGUUUUUGUCUGUAAAGUUGUUCUAGAAAAGUGUUAAAACACCCAGAUUAUAACUGAUGAAUUUGCUACUAUGUUUUUAAUUCUUUCCAGACUCUAUCAACUAAGUGGGAAGCCACCUCCUUCUGCAAUGUGCUGUUGGGCUUCUUAUGGGAGAUAAGGUACUUAUUUCUCGUUCUAUUUCGCGACGUCUAGUUUUGUUUCAAAGUGGUAUAUUAACUAAACAACUUUGUGAUUCAUUUAUGUCUUGUGUCUUCUUUUCUCUUUUGAAUUCUGAUAACUUGAGGGUUUCAUGGAUUUUAUCAUUUUGAUACUCAAGUUGCUUGUUUAGAAUAAUAUUUCAGAGUUCUGACCCACUAUUGUUAUCUUCAAUUUUGGGGUUUAUGGCUUAUUGUUUCUCCUGAUAACAUGAGAGAUUUAUGCAUUACAUCACAGUGAUACUUUUAGUUGAUUUUUAGUUUGAGAAAAUUUUGUCAAUUUGACUGCAUCUGUCUUGGUUGCAUUUGCACCUUCAUCCAAUUCAUGCAGAUGUGCAGCUCCGACCAUCAUGGCAUUUAGUUAAGGUUUUAACAUGUUGUUCUAGUACAGAUUACAAAGGUCAAGAAUUUAAAGCUUUAGUUUUUGAUUACAUGAAAAAUGGAAGCUUAGAACAAUGGUUUCAUCCUGAGAUUUUAAGUGCAGAGCCUCCAACAACAUUGGACCUCAGUCAUAGAUUAAACAUCAUUAUUGAUGUUGCUUCUGAAUUACAUUAUCUUCAUCAAGAAUGUGAGCAAUUGGUCAUUCAUUGUGAUCUAAAGCCAAGCAAUGUCCUUCUCGAUGAAGAUAUGGUUGCUCAUGUGAGUGAUUUUGGCAUAGCAAGACUCGUCUCAGUCAUCGACGGCACCUCUCAUAAAUACUCCAGUACAAUUGGAAUAAAAGGAACUGUUGGUUAUGCUCCUCCAGAGUAUGGAAUGGGUUCUGAAGUGUCCACAUGUGGUGACAUGCAUAGCUUUGGAAUCCUUAUGUUGGAAAUGCUUACUGGUAAAAGACCCACUGAUGAAGCUUUUGAAGAUGGACAAAAUCUGCAUAACUUUGUGGGGAAUUUAUUUCAUGAUAAUCUUAUAAAAAUUUUGGGCCCAAAUCUUAUAUCAAGAGAUGCAGAAGUAGCAAUAGAAGAUUGAAACAAUGAGAAUCUUAUUCCAAGUGCAAAGGAGUGCUUAAUUUCACUUUUUAAGAUUGGACUUGUUUGUUCAAUGGAAUCACCGAAAGAAAGAAUGAAUAUUGUGGAUGUCACUAGAGAGCUUAUCAUAAUCAAAAAGGCCUUUCUCGCUGGUGAGGUAAACUGAUGGUUUUAUAUGCCUAUUUGUAUCAGAAUUAACUCACUAAAUCCUUAUGGCGUUAUAAUUUGACUUUAUUAAUUAUUAAAGCUGAACUGUGAUUUGUGGAAAGAGAAGAAUAUUCAGCUUGAUGUACAUUGUGGCAAUGUUUAUUUUACUAUUUUGUUAUUCAGUGAAUUGGGUUAGCAACAUUUGAUUCUGUAUGAUUGUGUUCAGUGUAGAUUUGCAUGCAACCUACUACUAGUAGCUUUCUAAUUUCAUUUCAUUGUCAUGUGUUUUCAGUUUCUAAAUAAUUGCCACUGUAAUAUGUGCAAAAUAUUGUUCCAUGUAUUUUCAGCAAUUGUCACUGUUAUCACCACAAUGUCCCAUGGUGUAUACCCACAGUUCUCAAUUUAAUGGUGUAAUCAUUGUACUAA